AUGGUAGGUUCUUUACCUCCAGAAAUUGGAAAUCUAAAGGCCGCGACACUAAUAGAUCUGUCAAUGAAUCAAUUUUCAAGUACAAUUCCUAGAGAAAUUGGAGGAUUGCAAAAUCUGGAAAACCUUUCUUUGAGACACAACAAGUUGCAAGGAGCUAUACCUGACUCAAUGAGCAACAUGGUAGGUUUGGAAUUCCUAGACCUUUCUCAUAACAAUAUAUCUCGAAUCAUUCGUAAGUCUUUGGAGAAACUUCAAAACCUGAAGUAUUUCAACGUUUCUUCCAACAAAUUAAAAGGUAAAAGAGCUCCUCCACAAACUGAUGCAUUGUAUGCCAUUACAAGAGAAAGAAUUUCAUACUAUGAAUUGAUCCAAGCAACUGAUGCACUUAGCGAGAGUAAUCUGAUAGGUACUGGAAGUUUUGGCUCUGUUUACAAAGGUGUUCUCAAAAGUGGAACUGCCAUUGCAGUUAAAGUGUUCAAUCUGCAACUAGAUGCAGCAUUCAAUAGCUUUGAUAUGGAAUGUGAAGUUCUGUGUAGCCUUCACCAUAGGAAUCCCGUAAAAGUCAUUACUAGUUGUUCCAACCUUGAAUUUAAGGCUUUAGUGCUCGAGUAUAUGCCAAAUGAAAGUCUUGAGAAGUAUUUGUAUUCGCACAACUACUUCCUCGACAUCAAGCAGAGACUAAGCAUAAUGAUAGAUGUGGCAUGUGCAUUGGAAUAUCUCCAUCAUGGGUGUACUUCGGUGGUGAUUCAUUGUGAUCUAAAGCCUAGUAAUGUCUUGCUGGAUGAGGAUAUGGUUGCCCACCUAAGCAAUUUUGGCACUUCAAAACAUAUUGGUGAUGAUGAGAGUGAUUUGUACACUAAAACUUUAGCAACAUUGGGGUAUAUUGCACCAG